AUGUGGGGCAAACACAGAAUAACAUUCAUUGCGGUUGGUGUUUUCUUUCAUCUUUUCUAUCUAUGGUCCAUAUUUGACAUCUACUUUGUUUCGCCAUUAGUGCAUGGCAUGAAUCAAUAUAGAAGCACUGAAAAGCCUCCUGCAAAAAGGCUUUUCCUCAUUGUGGGCGAUGGACUUCGUGCUGAUACGACUUUCGAUAUGAUCACACAUCCGACGACAGGUAAAACUGAGUAUCUGGCUCCAUAUAUAAGAUCAUUGGUUUUGAAUAAUGGAACCUACGGUAUCUCACAUACACGAAUGCCCACCGAGUCUCGUCCAGGACACGUUGCUAUGAUUGCUGGUUUUUACGAAGAUGUCAGUGCUGUUACCAAGGGCUGGAAGGAAAAUCCUGUGGAUUUUGACAGUUUCUUUAAUCAAUCAACACACACAUAUUCCUUCGGCUCACCAGAUAUCCUGCCGAUGUUCAAGGAGGGCGCUUCGGAUCCUAACAGAGUGGAUACUUGGACUUAUGGUCAUGAGUUUGAAGAUUUCACGCAAUCAUCUAUCGAGCUGGACGCGUAUGUUUUCAGGCAUCUAGACCAGCUCUUUCGGAACUCAACCAGAAAUUUGACCUUGGAUGCUGAGAUUAGACAAGAAGGGAAUGUUUUCUUUCUUCACUUGCUGGGUUGCGACACCGCUGGUCAUUCCUACCGACCUUACUCCGCAGAAUACUACGAUAAUGUGAAAUACAUCGAUGACCAGGUAGCUCUAUUGAGUGAUAAAGUUAGAAAUUUCUUUGGAGACGACGACACAGCGUUUAUCUUUACGGCCGACCACGGUAUGAGUGCGUUCGGCUCACAUGGAGAUGGCCAUCCAAACAAUACUAGAACACCUCUGGUCGCAUGGGGUGCAGGCUUGAAUAAGCCGGUACUGAACGAAGUUCCUGUUUUUGAUAACUACACUUUUACCUGGGGCCUUGAGAAUGUUCAGCGCCACGACGUCAAGCAGGCAGAUAUCGCUUCGCUGAUGUCUUACCUGAUCGGCGUGAAUUAUCCAGCAAAUUCUGUCGGCGAACUGCCGCUAGCCUAUAUUUCUGGCCAGGAGGUUGACAAAUUACAUGCCCUCUACAACAACGCCCGCAGUAUUCUCGAGCAGUAUAUUGUCAAGGAAAAGGAAGUUAUCGAAUCACAAUUUACCUACAAAGAAUAUCAUAAAUUUGCUCGUCGGCCGUAUCAAAAAUAUCUAUCCCAAAUUGAAUUAUUGAUUGAAAAAAUAGCGAGUGGUGAGGCUGAAUUGACAGCAGAAGCGAUCACCAUCACUGAAGACCUCAUAAAAACGACCUUGGAGGGACUGCAUUACUUGACCACUUACAACUGGAGGUUUAUUAGAACAAUUGUCACGUUCGGAUUUGCUGGCUGGAUCACGUAUGCCUUCGUCAUCUUUCUGAAGUUUUAUAUAUUGGAAAAUGCGUCGAAUUAUCAAACAUCUUCAUGCAACCUCUUUGUUUUCGGUACAUUAGGUUGUUGUCUGAAUUGGGUACUCUACUACCAAAGGUCGCCUUUCAACUUUUAUAUGUACCUACUGUUCCCGCUAUACUUAUGGAGUCAAAUUUUCACCAAUCUCAGCAUUUUACGUGAUGGCACACAGGAGUUCUUGAAAGGCAUUUCCUUCACGCGAAGAAUCGUUGUAGCCGCAGCUAUAUUUGCUGUUUAUGAAGGUAUUGUUUAUGGAUUUUUCCACAGAUGGAUUUUCACAGUGAUCCUUAACGUGUUGGCAUUUUAUCCUAUCUUCUGCGGUAUCUCCGCAAGUUACACGCUAAUGGGAUGGAUAAUCACGAGCAUUCUCUUGUCCACUUUCACACUGUACGAUGCUGUCAAGACCGAGAGUCUCACCCAGAUCAACUCUGCUGGCCUGUUAAUGGUCUUGACUUCGGCUUAUGGGCUGAAGAAAGUCUCCAAAGAUAUCGGCCGUUACACCUCAGCUGUAUUGUGGGCUCAGGUUACUCUAAUACCCACAAUGCUUUUGGUAACCCAAAAAUCUGUCACUUCGCUGCAGAACAGACAAGGCUUACCGCACGACUCCCAGUUGGCAGGAUGGCUGAUCAUGGGAAUGUCACUUGUGGUUUUCCCUUCACUACAUUACUUAAGACCGAACAGCAAUUACAAGGUCAGACUUCUAGCGAUCUAUCUGACUUUUGCACCCGCCUUCAUCAUCCUCACCAUCUCCUUUGAGGCCCUUUUCUACGUUAUCUUCACUUGCUACAUUGUUCAAUGGAUUGAGAUCGAAUCUCAAAUCAAACAACUCAAAUCGCAUGAUAACUACCAACAGCUGUUGAGAGUGGCAUUAGUCGGCUUCUUUCUGUUGCAGGUCGCCUUCUUCGGCACAGGAAAUGUUGCUUCUAUCUCAUCGUUCUCACUAGACUCAGUUUAUCGUCUCCUCCCCAUUUUUGAUCCUUUUUCCAUGGGUGCUCUGCUGAUGCUGAAACUAAUUGUCCCCUACGUACUGCUAUCAAUCGGCCUAGGCGUUUUGAAUUUGAAAUUGGACAUCAAGGACUACACUAUUUCUGCAUUGAUCAUUUCAUCAAGCGAUAUACUGUCACUGAACUUCUUUUAUCUCCUCAAGACCGAAGGCUCUUGGCUAGAUAUAGGCAUCACCAUAUCCAAUUACUGUCUCGCCAUUUUAUCAUCUCUUUUCAUGUUGAUACUAGAGGUCAUUGGGCAUAUACUGCUAAAGAACGUCACAAUUACACGACCAGUCAGUACCACCAAAAAGCAAAGCUAG